CUUUUAUAUACUCUUUGUCUGGCAGUGACAGCUAGACCUAACCUGAAACUCCAAAACAAUUUUGUUUCAAUUUUGUUUUAAGAUAUUACUUUUGUGCAAUUUGUAUAAAUUUCAACUGUGAAUGUUUUACUCAUUAAAUAACUACUAAAAAUCGUCAUGAAUACAUGCUACUAUUAAUUAACCUUAAUCGUUGGUUCAACACGCAAAAUAAGAACCUCAUUUUCAAAUAUUAAUAAGUAGGAAAUUCAAAUCAAUAUGUUGAUUCGCGGGAAUAAAUAUCUAUUAAAUAGGUACAUUUUUGUAAAAAAGGUCCAAAAGCGAUCAUUUUUAACGAAUGAAUAUAAAUGUGAACCAGCUUGGAAUGUGCAAAAGUCUUCUCCUAUAUUAAAUAAUGUUAAUCUAAAUGAUUUUUACACUACUUUGAAUCAAAAUUAUGCUUCGAAAGGUGUUAUUAGUGCAAUAGAUGUAGACAUAUUUGCGAAUGCUAUAAAGGAGCCCACAUAUCUUGACGAACUAAAGGAGCUUUUGCACAAAUUGAGAAUGUCUGCUGAAACUGGAAACACACUUCAAUCGACACAUCAUGCCACAGUUAGAAGUUAUGUUGAUUUUGGGAAUGAGCAAGAAUUAAUUGAUAUUCUUAAGGAUCCCUUAAACUAUGGCAUAUUCCUUGAUGACUUUGCUGCUAAUAUUUUGUUGGAUAAACUUAUAACAUCAAACAAAUAUGAAUUAGCUGCACAAGUUGCCGCACUUAUAAUGCUUCAGGAAGAUUUUACUAAUGAAAUAACAUGCACAUUAAGUCAAUAUGCAUGUUAUAAAUAUAUAGUCAAUUAUAAGGAUUUACCCCCAGAGCCUCCAAAAGCAGAAGAGAAAAAGAAAAUAGAAGAAAAGAAAAUAAGAGUUAAAUUUCUUAGGAACUACUACCAUGAUGAUCAUUUUGAUAUUAAAGAUUUAAUGUUAUUGUCUGGUAAAACUUUGGCUUGGAUCUCAAGAAACAAUAAGGAUAAUAUCAGUAACAAUUUGCAAAUAAUUGGUUGGAUGUAUUACAAAAAAUAUGACUCUCUUUUAACUUUAUGUGAAAACUUUAAAAACCUUAAGUCAUUUAAAAUAUACAGUGAAGUAAUUGAGUUGCUGCAGAAAGAAAUCAGUAAAUCUGAAGAAAAGGAUUCUUUAGAAAAAUGCAUUUCAUUUUUAAAUAAAUGUCCAAAAGCUGAUGGUAUAUUAGAAGAAUCUAUUAAAAAUUUAAUUGAAGAUGCCAUUAACAAAACACAUAAAAAUGAUAUUUCAUCACAACAGAAGUUGUUUGAAAAUUGGCUAUCUACAAGGGAAGAAAAACUAAAUGAGCAAAUACAGCGACUAUCCAGAGCUCAAAGAAUAGUAGAAGUUGAAAAGAAACAGAAGGAAUUAGAAGUGCAAGAACAAAAGUUGUGGUUCUUUGAAAAUGAAGAGAAAAUUGACUUGGAAAUUGAAAAUAAAGAAAAGCUUCAUACAAGUACUGAAAAAAAUGACAUAGAUGUAAACGAUGAGAAUUAUAUUCCACCUGAAAUAUUGCCAAAACGUAAAUAACUUAAUUAGUCAAAGUCAUUAAAAUAAAUUUCAAAUGUAAGUGAA